GUUGAUGGAUUUGAUACACAGGCAACCUUGGACAAAACAAUAAUUAUUUCAGUUGAUUUCAUUUUUCUAUAUCCAUUUUCAUUGCAUUUAAUUUUAAACUUUCGGUUGGUGAUUACAGCAAUUUGUAAAUGCUCUUCUGGAAUAGAAAUUGUCUUAAAAUGCUAUAAAAUGCCUUUUUUCAUAGUAGUUGAAUAUAUAUGUUGAAAACUUUAGGAGAAUAUGUUUUUCUGUUCGUACGUACAUUAUCACAUGAUUUCUGUGAUUUAUUCGAAGUUGUCUGAGAUAUUUUUCUUGCUAUAUUUUUUUUUAUUAUCCUUCAUUUUUUCUAGAUUCUGAUUAAAAAAUGGCAAUUGUCUGUAAGAAUUGUUUUUGCCGAAAAGUUUUAACAUGUCAAACAGGAAAAAAAUCCAAUUUCUGGAGAUUUUCUGAAGUUUUAAGAAGAUGUUCUUCCACACUUCCAUUUUCAUCAGAUCGGGAUCCUGCCCAAUCUGAAGGUUUACCAAUUCAUAAAUAUAUUGACAAAACACACAAGCGUGUAAAUAUGUUAUUUGCAUGUGGCUUGACAGCAACAGGUGCACUUGGAUUAAGAGAAAAAUCAUCUAGAACUCAAAGUAGACGAUAUCCUAUCAGACUUACAAAUAUUGGCAAAUUAAAAAUAACAAGUGUUGGUUGUGGAUAUGGUUAUACAGUGUUUGCAAGCAAUAAUAGAGAUUUGAUCAAGGUUUGGGGAAGUGGAAUAAACACUCAAUCACAACUUGGUUUUCACAGUAGUCAAAAAGGAGUCACGAAAGGGCGUCCUGCAGAAUCUGGCCAUUUCGAUUAUGUUAUGGAAACAACAGCAAUACCUAUUCCAUUUGAUUCCUUCUCAAAAACGAAAGUUACCCAGGUGUCCUGUGGUCGGGCUCACACUCUUUUAUUAACUGAUAAUGAAGGUAUAUUUUCAUUUGGAUGUAAUUCGUUUGGACAGUGUGGUAGAGAAAUCAUUCAAGGAGAAAUAUAUGAAGGUAGCAGGAAGAUCCAUUGCAUACCACAUAUUCACUUCUCAUCACCAGUGACUCAAAUUUCAUGUGGAAUGGACCACAGUUUAUUUCUCACCAAAUCAGGAGAAGUUUACGGAUGUGGAUGGGGUGCAGAUGGACAAACUGGUCUUGGCUCAUACGAGAAAACUGGAAUACCAAAGUUGUUGAAAGGUGAUUUGGAAGGUGUUAAAGUAAAACAGAUUUCUACUUUUGCUGACAUGAGUAUGGCAGUUUGCGAAGAUGGUCAUUUAUAUGGAUGGGGUAAUUCUGAAUAUUAUCAACUUGCAUCCGUUACAGAUGACACACAAGUUUGCACUCCAAUCAGACUCCCAUUCAAAAAUAUCGGUAAAAUUGUUUCUGCAGCGGCUGGCGGUAGCAUUUGCUGUGCACUAAAUGAAGAGGGAGAGGUAUUUGUUUGGGGAUAUGGAAUUUUAGGGAAAGGUCCCGAUUUGAAAGACUCGCGACACCCAGAAAAAAUUCCCCAAACAUUAUUUGGAGAGUCUACUUUCAGUCCAAGUGUAAAAGUUACCAAAAUCAAAUGUGGAAUGAAUCAUUUUGCUGCUGUUACAAAUAAUGGAGAACUUUUUACAUGGGGAAAAAACAAAUCUGGUUGCCUUGGUAUUGGUGAAUACAGGGACCAAUAUUUUCCAUGGAAAGUCUUGGUGCCUGGAGAAGUUGUUGAUGUUUUCUGUGGUGUUGAUCAUACCGUUAUACUGUCAAAGUCUAUGUUGUAAUUCCUGAAUUAAUAUUAUAAUAUAUGGACGCAUAUUCUUUGGUGUGGCAGGAAAGUUUUAGGUCGCUGGUAGAUAUAUUUGUUAUGAGAAAAAUGAUUUCAACAGCAUUUGCAUUAAAAUAUGAUAUAAAACUCUUAGUUUAUUCGCUUUGAAGAUCUUGGUUGUGCCUGCCUAAAUGCUGGCGUCCAGUCCUGCGCCGUCUAUAUUUGAUCAGUGGCAGAAGCAUCAGAAGAUUGCCAUGAAAGUGUCCAUGAAUAAGAUAUUGUAAUAAUCUGUUAUAAUUAGGGCUGGGAAUUUCAGGGAAAACACUUUUACCGGGUAAAAUUAACCGGUUAACCGCAACGUAACCUUUGACGUAAUAAUUUUAGCUAGUUACGUCACAACGGUUACAGAGCAAUUUCGGGUGAUCUUAUCCCGCUAUCGCUCAAAAUUAUUCACGAAUCGUGAUCGCUCUGCUACAAGAGAUAUGCAGCGUGAUUCGGACAUCUGAAAGUAUUUUAAUAAAACCCGAAUCCAUUAUUAAAUGUCAUUUAUGUGACAAAUUUUCAGUGUUGGACGUGCAAAUUAUACUCUGAGAUAUCAUAAAGAAAAACGGCAUCUACUGCGAACUUGUUGGAUGACAUUGAAUAUACGAUUUUGCAAUAAAAUCGGGAACAAAAUAUUUUCACCGAAAACUGAAUUUAUCAUUGUCAAAUUUUUAUAAUCAGCAAUCUUGGUACUUAUUGUUCACAUUUAUUGGGUCCUUACCAAUACAGAUAGUGUUAUUCUUUAGAAUUAAAUGCCACAGGAGAUAAAUUUGCGAUGACGUAAUCAUUUUUGAAAAAGUUGUACAUUAUAAAGAUAAUUUGUACCUAAGAUGUCAGUUAACGGUUAAAAUAAAUUGUAACCGUUAACCAUCUAAAAUCGGUUAACCAUUCCAGCCCUAGUUAGAAUAUUCAGUUGAAUUCGAAAUAUGGGAAAUAAAACAUGAAAACAAA